UGUAUGUUGACAGUCAUCAUAUUGGACCAGUAACAUACCCCAAGGCUGCCAUGUCAUACAAAUUAGAGAGUCAAUUUUGAGAUAAAAAUGUGACUGACGUUAUUAUAACGAACCAACGGACGUUUUCUACCAGAGAACCAAUAUAACGAGAGGAGAGACCACCAAACAACGAUGUUUCUUCAGUCAACUCAUUGUACAACCUCGCUUUUAAUCCACAAUCGGAUUUUAUUUGCUCCAAGGGGGGGAUUAAAGCGGCUGGCUCAGUUACUCAGUCAAAUCUUUUGAAAGAACCCCAACCAAGAGCGGGAAUUAAUCAACGUUUGCGCCUCUUUACAAAAUAACCUCAGACGCAAAGCUGUACAACUGAGUGAGAUUUACAUGAAUAAAAAGAACGAAGGAUACAUACGAAUGUUAAAACAUUAUAAUGGACCCCGUGGAGUGUGUCUUCAGCGCGCAUGCACCCUCUCUCCGUGUCAGAACACCUGUAACUCUUGCACGGGGAGUCUGCAGGUAGCCGGGCAGGUGUAGCGGUGGUUUCUUGGUCAGAAUGCGGUCAGAUGUGGAGUACAGUCCGGUGGGAGAAGGGCUAGGGAUGCGGGACUUCUGGCUGUACGUGUGGAUGAGGAGGGCGGCGGUGAUAGCGGCUCAUGUCACCGGGCUGGGACUGACCCUCAUCAUCUCUCUGCUGUCCAGACCUGGAACCAGUCUGUUUUCCUGGCAUCCAGUGUGUAUGUCUGUUGCAUACUGUCUGUGUAUGACUGAAGGCAUCCUCCUCUUCUCGGCUGAAGGAUCCCCGUUCUGCAUCAAAUCUCGGAAGAACAAAGUCUGUCUCCACUGGUUCUGUCAGUCCCUGGUCCUGAUCAUUGCCACCACCGGGCUUUGCUUCAUGGUGGCCAGCAAGAACGUGUCAGAGCGCCCCCACCUGGUCACAUGGCACAGCCUGCUGGGUGUCAGCACCCUGGCUGCCACCGGGCUCCAGGCAGCGUUCGGUAUCUGUGUUAAGUUUCCUAAACUUCUGCGUCUCUCCUCUCCUCCACCGAGGCUGAAGCUGUACCACGCCACCUGUGGUCUAGUCGUCUACCUGCUGGCCACUGUUACCGUGACGACAGCCAUGUUCUCAGACUGGUUCCAGGCCACAGUGAGAGGCGUGGCCUGGUGGGCUUUCCUGCUGCUUCCCCUCUUCCCCGCCUUGGUAGUGAUGAACCAGAUCACUAAUGCCUACCUGCCACGCAAGAAGAUCACCAGCUAGGAGGCAUAAAAUGAGGCACUCACUGGUCAUGUUGGAUUAAUCUGAAAGACCAUAGAACUAGAUGGAAGAGAUUUCUGCUACAGCUGCCUCUGAAGAUAGGAUAACACAAGCAAAAAACUUCACAUGCUGCUAUUCCUCUAGAUGGAAGAAGACUAAUACUCGGACUACUACAGUAAGCGGUAUGUCAGUUACUGAAGCCAGAAAAAUCCUUGUUUAUUUAAAGGGCAGAUCCUGGCAAAAACAUCGACUGUGUAAGAAGUGGAAGUAGCCGCUGUGAUGCCAUCCACGAUUGUGUGUGGCAGUCACUUUGUUGGUUUUCCAGUGCAGAAGUGAUGAUAUUUCGAUAAGAGGGUGGAGAUAGGAAAAUACAAAGUUAUCAGCUAACACAAGCACACUCUAAAUUAGCUUUAGAGUUUCUUUAUUAUAUGUGAAAGGUAAACAUGCCUUGUAAGUUUUUCUCUGAUUGAAAUCAUGCUUUCAUUUUUUAUUUAACUAGUGAAACUCAUUGAGAUUCCAAAUCUCCUUAACCAGAUUGUCAUUGACAAGGCAGGCAGCAGUUAAAGUCUCAGAUGAGCAAUAAACAGCCAGUCAUACAAAUAUGAGAUACAUUGUAAAGACUUGAAACAAAAAGUUUUUUCCAAAAUCAACCACAAUCUACCUAAAGCUGGGCACCUCAUGAUUUCAGGCCAUAUCUGACCCAGUUUUUGAGUCACAUGUCUACUGGGGCUUUCCUACUAUGACGUUUGACACUGAUGCUGAGGGCUCUUUUUCUGUCUAGGACACUGAGCGCUCAGAAUGCUGGUUUGGUAUUCAAGUUAUGCCACAUAAUCUGAUCAUACGGUGUGAACACAUAGGUCCUGAGCUUUGGUCGUGCAUCGCCGGUGAUCUCCAAAUGACACUUCAUCACUGAGUUUUUACAAUCAUGUUGUAUGCCUGGCCUUGGGUAGAACAUCUACAUUUUAGCUAUGCCUGCAUCCAUUCCCUUUAAAAUCACCUAAAACAUCACUUCUAAGAGAAUUAUCAUGCUUUGUUUAGGGUAAGUUAGAUAACAACUUAGGUCAUAAGUGUUCUUGACAAGGUAGUUUCACAUUAUAGGACUUAUUUCUGCAACCACAAGAGUUGCCCCCUGCUGGUAGAUUACGAGAAUGCAGAUUUAAAGCCCAUGAGCAUUGGCUUUACUUUUCAGACCUUUGGGCUAUGUCCACUUCUUAUAUACAGUCUUCACUCAGAGCCAGCAUCUAGUGGCCAAUAGAAGAGCUGCAGCUUUAAACACUAAUGCAUCAAUGAUUUCUCCAUGUUCUGUCUGAGAUAUGAAGCACAAAGAAGAUGGAAUGAAUGAAACCUCAACUAACUCAAGUCAGGAAAUAUCACAAACUACUAAUAUGGUGACUGUUCUCUGAAUUUUUGCACUGAGCAUUAAUCGACUGUGCAGAUUUUGUAUUGAUGUGACUGUUCAAAGGUAAAUAGAGGGCUGCUUCUAUAAACAAAUAAGUUACUGUGAGAAUAUUUAUCAUUAUUUGACUUAAUCAAUUCUAAUGCAGACCAGUGUCUGCUUUGCUGUGAUGCUCUGCUUUAUGUGCUGCAUACAAUAGUUGUGUCUUAUUUCAGUGGGAGCAUCCUUUGAAGGACUAAGCUUUUGUAUCCUGUGUCGAGCGCUAAUUAUCUGAAUUGAGGCAGUCUGGUCUAUGGAGGGUUUUCUGUUUGUGUCACCAGCUGCCCCCCCCCCGGCCACAUAAGCAAGUAUUUUUGAUAUAUUUGCAUUUCAAUUCCCUUUUUGUUUUAUAACAUUAGAAAUUGUAGUGGUCCGAUUGUAUUAAAACCAAAUACUUGUGUUAAAAAUGUUCUACACAACCAUUUUAAGUUUCAGCAUGUUUUAAUUGGAGCACAAUGAAUCUCAGGUUGUUGAAGCAAAGGAUGCAGCCACUGAAUUGGGACAUAGCUAAAGCUGAAAGGUUUGUUACCUUCUUUCAGCUACACUUUCAGUCAUCAGUGGAACUUUCAGCCAAAAUCUGCUGCGAGUGAAACAGUAAAACACUGUCUAAACAGCACAAAUACUUUGUUGAUGUUUUGCUAUUAAAAUGUUGCCAAUGUUUUUGUGCUUUUUAGACAACGUGCAAGAGUUAUCAGUGACUAAAGUAAAAUUUAACCCAAUAUUGGGCUUUUAGGACUUCUUUUUGUUGCAGUGGCAUUGAACAUUUAUUGCUUGAUUUUUACUAGAAUUGAAUUAAAGUGUAACAUUCUUCUAUUGUUACCGAUGCACACAGAGCAUGGUGACCCUGGCAGACUUCUGGAAACCAGCUCAUAUCUGGAACUGAUUUAUGUUUAUUAGCAUCUUUGUUUGUUGCCUGUUCCCAGGAAUAUUUGCACUACAGUGAAAUAUUUGCACUGCAGUUCUUUAAGUGUGUAUUAGGACUGCUUUUUCAUAAGCCACUUACUGCUGUUUGUGUGCGGAUACAGCUUUAGCAACAGUCCUGUUGAGGUUUUUAUAAAUAGCUUGUAAAGUCUAUUUAUUUCUCCUUUUACUUUGUUUCUAUGUCUUAUUGUGUAAAGGUGCUUCAUGUAGCAUGUUUACAGUCAGAAUCCUUGUUAUAUCUGUAAAGGAUUAUGCCUGAUGAGGGGUCUAUAUCAGGAAUUAAUGGAUGGCAUAGAGAUCAUAAAUUUAGGCAAAUUUCUCGACUAAUAUCUAGAAAAACAACUACUGAGACACAAGUGAAUGUCUACAUGCAGCACCUGUGGAUUAUGAGCUUCUUUGUAUUUUGUUUUUGUGUAAACGGGUCCUUUUUCUGUAUUUUAUGUUGUUGUUUUCCAGACAUACUCCUUGUGUUUUGUUUGCUUUGUUUGUUGAAGAUCGAUGCCCUACCACUCCUGCAUUGCAUUGUCAUGAAAAGGUCAAAGGUGCAAGAUUUGUCUAUUAUCAGUCAGUCCCUCUAGGAAUCAGUCUAACAUUUAUGCCGUUUUGCAUUCCUACUUGAAAAAGCUUUCCCAUGUAAUUACUCUGCAAAAUAUUCACAAAAAAAGGACUUAAAAAUUAAACAAAUAAUCGUAUUUUUCAUCAAAUGUAAAACUGCUGUCACAAACUUCAGUCAAAUUCAUCAUAACUUGGCCAACUACUGUCUUUCCGAUCAGUUGUUGCUAGUAGCUAGAGUCUGUAGCUUCAAACAGGUAAAGUUCAUGUCUUACAAAACGACCACGUUUCAACGACCUUGUUGGUAAAACAGCAACACCUUUCAGCCAUUGCAUAACAAGACAGGCUGAAAUCAGGCUACUUAAAAGUCCAUACAGCUGCAAAACCAUUUCAAAAGAAGGGGGGCAGGUUUUUUAAUUUCAGGCCAUGAUAAUCAGUAUAACACUGAUUAAGAGUGAUUAAUGUGGACAGUUUUAAAAUUGAUACGACAAAGACCUAAUGGAUGUAUCAGUCCUCCAGCACCUUAACUUGAACAAUGCUUUUUGCAAAUAUAAAUCAGAAGUGCUUUAUAAAUGCUUUAGAAAAACUGCAUGGCCAUCAGACUGCAAAUAUUAGUAGAAACUUUCUAAAACUAAAGAAUAAUACAAGUAUAAUUCUCUCACAGCUCUCAUUAGAUAUAUAAACAAUGAAUGUUUUGACAUCAGUAGAAAACCAUGCAUUAGUUCUACUUAAAUCCAAACUGGGUUUAAUAUAUAAGCUCUUAUUCAUUCAAAUAAUUGUUAUUGAUUUUUGAGUAAUUAUUUCUGUUUUAUGGGAUUUCAAUCCACCUUGAUGAAUGAGGGUCAGGUUUCCAUUCAAAAAUAAACUACUGUUUAAACGCA